UACUUACAUAUAAAAUAAACAAGAAAACAGACUUUUAAAUAUGUCUUCAUAUUUUGUACAACUUAUUUAUUAUCAGAUUGUUAAGUCACCCGCUCCAGUAUUUUGUUUACAAUGAUCUAAGAAUACCACAAAGACAGACAAAGUAGCUGGCAGCUUUUGAAUGGCUCGUGAAAAAGUUUUCCCAAUUUUCCGAUAAGGUUCUUCAAAGGAAGGUCUGUUAGCAAUUUCCGGUUUUCCGUCAGUUGCGUAUCACACAGCGGGGAAGGCGCGCGCCCUCCCGUCGUGAGUUCGCGCCAAAAUGAUCGCGCGAGCUUUAACAACAGUGGUGCUACUACAAGUUUGUUUAGUGAUUGCUUCAACUUUGGAUUCGACUCACGUGGUGUUCGUAAUCGUGAGUCAAGCCGAGCCGUACCAUGUCAGCGUGGCUAGCCGGCUCAAGGAGGACAUACAGAAACAGAUUGUGGAGCUGGAAGGGCGUCUCCCAACAGUAUACCUGACACACACUGACUUCCCUGUCGCCGGAGCGUGGACGGUGACGCCCCUCCUGCGGCCGCUGCUGGCUCGCUGCCAACCCCCUGUGCGCUGGGUGGUGUUCCUGGAAGCUCACACUGCUGUGAGGUGCCGGGAAUUGCUGGCUUUGCUGGGGGCUGCCGAUGGACAGGAGGGCACGCAAUGGCUGGGCUACCCGCUGAGCGACGAGGAGCCGUCCAUCGUGCACCACUUCGCGUUCUACGACGAGCUGGAGGAGGAGGGCGGCUUCGUGUACCCGCUCCUCGCCAGCGGGGUCGCCAUGCGGCUGGAACUGGUGCAGAGGCUCCACGACCAGAUCUCAUCCGGCCAACGUCAGCUAGAAGCGGACUUCUCCAUCGACCCAGCGUUUGAACUGGCUCAACUGGUCUACGGGUCGGCUGAAGACCCCGGCCCGCUGCUGACGGCCGACCUGCGCUUCUGCGUCGUGGCGGCCGACCACUGCGCCACGUAUCCAAGACCGCAUGAUAUAUGUGGCAGGCCGGUGCCAGAGAGCAGUAUAUUCUUCGCAGUGAAGACGUGGAGUGGGUUCCACGGUACGCGCGCGCGCGUCAUCAAGAAGACCUGGGGGAGACACGUCACGCACCUCACGUUCUACAGCGACCAGGCUGAUCCCUCGCUGCCGUCAAUAGACAUCGGUGUCCCGAACACGAAGCGCGGCCACUGCGCCAAGACCGUCGCCAUCUUGAAGCACGCCGUUGCGCAGGCGCAGCAGAUGAAAAAUAUAGACUGGAUCUUUCUAGCUGAUGAUGACACUAUUUUAGGUGUGCAGCGGCUGACGGAGGUGCUGUCGUGCUACCGCGGCGGCGAUGACGUCACGCUGCUGGGAGAGCGGUACGGGUACGGCUACGGGAAGAAGCAAUCUGUUGGGAAAGGCUACGACUACAUCACCGGCGGCGGCGGCACAGUGUUCAGCGUGGGCGCGGCGCGGGCGCUGGCGCAGUGCGCGUGCCAGGCGCCCGACGCGCCCGACGACAUGACGCUCGGCGCCUGCGCGGCGAGACGAAGGGUGCCUGUCACGCACACGCCGCUGAUGCAUCAGGCCCGUCCUCAAGACUACCCUCGCGAGGUGCUGGGUCGGGAGAGGCCUAUCUCCUUCCACCGGCACUCGUCUCCGGAGCCGCUGAGGGUCUACGCCACCUGGUUCCAGCACGACGACCGCAGAAUGAAGGAUACCAUGAGGACUGAACUAUAGAUAGGCCCACCUGAAGGACCGGAGUAAGAUGUAUAAAUUCUGGUCGAGACGAAAGCAAAAGCGAACGACUUUUUGCAACACUAGCGCUACGACGCGACGUACGAUUAAAUUAUUUACUGAACAUCUAGGAGGGUACACCCGACCCGAGUCCGCGUUGUUCUAUGUGUAGGUAGUUCCAAUAACUUGCACCUUAGGACUUUAGGACCUCAUCGGAAGCAAUUUUUCGCUAUCAUCUUCGCUUUCGUCUACGACGCGACGGAAAAUUUUACUUACUGAAUCGCAUAGCAGGGCGCUUUUGCACUUGCUUUCCCGGUAAGGGAAUAAGGUGGAAUGUUGGUUAUGUUGUGAUAUAUUUUAUGUUAUAUGUAGACUAGUGAGUAUGAAAUUGAAUAUUAGUGGCUUAAAUAAUUGUGUUGUUUAAUUUUAUCAGUGUAAUCUUAAAAACAUCAAAACAUAUUCAGAUCAUACCAUUAGGUACUUAAAAAAAUAUAUCCCAAAAAUGGUUUUUCCUACUCAUUUAAUUUAGUUCAGUGAAAAAUACUUGUUUAUAUCUUUCAUAGUAUC